AUGCAAUUGUUUUCCCGCACGGUAAACGACUAUCAUCGUACUUCGUUCGUAACAUUGCCAAAGCUGCUGCUUCCGCAGACGGCCCUCCUUGUUUCUCUGACCCACCCAACCGGCCACCGAUUUUCUAAUUUUUUUUCUAUUAAAACCCAAACACACAGCCGUUAUGGUCUCCGCCGACGGAGCUCCGUCGCGUCCUCCGCCGUCGUUCCCCAGCCGCGAGGACUGCUGGAGCGAGGACGCCACCUUCACGCUCGUCGAUGCCUGGGGCGAACGCUACCUCGAGCUCAACCGCGGCAGCCUCCGCCAGAAGCACUGGCAGGAGGUCGCCGACACCGUCAACGACCGCCACGCCGGCAGUAAGAAAUCCCGCCGGACCGACGUGCAGUGCAAGAACCGAAUCGACACGCUGAAGAAGAAGUACAAGAUCGAGAAGGCUAGGGUUUCCGAAUCCGGCGGCGGUUACCGGAGCCUCUGGCCGUUCUUCUCCCGUCUCAACGCCCUCAUCGGCGAUACUUAUCCGGCCAGAAAGGCAUCCCCGCCGGCCGCCGUGAAACCGUCGGCGCCGCCGGCGUGGAUUGUCUCGCACCCUGUCGGUCCCCGAUCCGGGACUCAGAAACGCCCGGCUGCGAAGCCUUCGCCGCCGGUUCUGAGCAGGGAGGAGGACUCGUUGUUCCGCCGGAAUUUCUCGGCGUUCGCGGCGGCUGCGGCUGCUGCGGCGGAGGCGGAGAGCGGGGAGUCGGAGGAGUGGAGGUCGAGCAGCGGCGGCAGUGGGAAGAGGGGAAGAGUGGAGAAUGAUGACAAGGAUUUGCAGUUUGGUUACAGAGAGCUUGCUCAUGCUAUAGUGAGGUUUGGGGAUAUGUAUGAGAGAGUUGAAGAGAUGAAACAGAGGCAAAUGGUGGAGUUGGAGAAGCAGAGGAUGCAGUUUGCUAAGGAUUUGGAAUAUCAGAGGAUGCAGCUUUUCAUGGAAACACAGGUUCAGCUGCAAAAAAUUAAACGCAGCAAACGAUCUUCUUCUGGAACUGAUAGUUUCUCAUAGCAAGCAGUGAUGGAUAUAUGAUAUAUGAUAUCCUAUUGGGAAGAACUGAAGAAUAGAUAGAUUUACAUUUGGACAUGGAAAGCACAUACCCUUUUUUUUGGAAUGAAAGAAAAUUUAGGCAAAGGUAUUUCACAGUGAGUAUUUCGGGUUUGGUUGUUUUUUUAAUGUAAUACUUGCUUUUGUGUAGUAAAUUUUCUUUCUUUUUUCUUUCACCUUUGGACUUUGGUGAACAUCCGAAGAUAAAUGAGGGAAAAGAUGAUGGCUUAAUUCGAACUUUCAUUUUGUUAGAUUCACCUUAUAAUGAUGAUUUAAAUCUUUAUUUAAUAUUUGCCAUUUUUUUUA